GACUAGAGAGAACAGGAUUCUAGGCCAACAUCUUCAAUAUUCUAUUCAUAGAUUGUUUGUGUUGUAAAUAUUAAAAUCAUCUAGCAAAUAGUGGCACAGGAGAGGAUAUGCUGGGAAGUCAAAUGCGGAGAAGGAAACCCAGAAUUCUAUGCCUCCAUGGAUUCAGAACAAGCGGUGAAAUCUUGAAGAAAAUGAUGGGAAAAUGGCCUGAUGCCGUGCUUGAAAAGUUUGAUUUUGAUUUUCCUGACGCCCCAUCUCCUGCCAAGGGAAAAUCUGAUAUUGAAGGCCUUUAUGAUCCUCCCUAUUAUGAAUGGUAUCAAGUCAACAAGGUUGAGUGUUUCAAUUUUGAGGAGUGUAUUGCAUAUAUAGAAGAUCAUAUGAUUAAGCAUGGUCCCUUUGAUGGUCUACUGGGUUUUUCCCAGGGCGGAAUGCUAGCAUCUGUAUUGCCUUGGAUGCAAAGAGAGGGUGUUGCCUUCACAAAAGUGCCAAAGAUAAAGUUUGUGGUCGUAAUAUCAGGGUUUGCACUUCGAGAAUUGAAGUCUGGGCCACCUAAGUUGCUUGUUAAUGCAUUUUCAGCUCCAGUUGAGUGCCCAUCUCUUCACAUGAUUGGUAGCGAGUUAGAGCAUCUGCAGUGCCAGAGAUGCAAGCAGAGGUUCACUUUCUAUUUCCCCACCAAAAACUUUUCCACCUUGAUUAUCAACACCAAUAGUGCCUUAAAUCUAUCUGAUUGUGCAAAAACAAUUUGAAGUAUAAGAACAUGAACUGAUAUAAUAAAUUUUUUCUGAUGGAAGGAAGAAGGCUUCAUUCCAAUUUAAAUCUUUUAUAAAAUUGGAAAUAAACUGCCUGAGAUCUCAGCAAGCAUGGAUGGAAUUCAUGGAUGUAUGCAAGAAUAAACAUGUGCUGGAAUUCAAUGGCAGAUUAAUUGAUUCUAACUAGUGGAUAAGAACAAGUUGCCAGUUGCCCCAUGAUAAUGUGGACGGCCAAAUUUUAUGUAGCUAUUACGUGAGAAAACAACAUUCUAUGCCAACAUUUUCAAUUCGAUGAACAAAUGGAAGGAAAGAAGAGGGAAUUCUGGAAAGUGAAAUGCGGAGGAAACCCAGAAUUUUGUGUCUUCAUGGAUUCAGAAAAAGUGGUGAAAUCCUGAAGAAAAUGAUCGGAAAAUGGCCAGUUGCUGUGCUCGAAGAUUUUGAUUUUGAUUUUCCUGACCCCCCUCCCCGCAGGAAAAUCUCACAUUUAUGGCCUUUUCGACAUUCGUUGUGAAUGGUAUCGAUUAACAUACAAUCAUUUGCUUAUUUUCUUUGUCUUUAAUUCUUUUAUACAUUUUUCGCUUCAAUAAUUAUAGAAAAUUUUGGAGUUUUGGAACUUUGAAGACUGCCUUUCAUACAUUGAAAAUUUAUACAAACGAUAAAAACUAUCCCUUCCUUGUAAUAAAGAGU